AAAAAACUAUUGAAGAUCUUAAACGAGAUCAUAAAAUUGAAAUUGAUAAACUAGAUCAAACAAUUAAAGAUAAAGAUGAUGAAAUUAGUAAUUUGAAAAAAGAAUGUGAUAGACAAAAGAUAAUGUAUGAUGCUCAAAAAAAAAUUGUUAAAAAAUUAGAAAAAGAUAAAAAAGAAUUAAAUGAGCUCUACAAACAAAGUAAAAGAAAUAAUAUAGAUUAUGAAUCUGUGAAAAAUCAAUUAGAUAAUGUAAAAAAUGAAAAAGAUAAACUAGAAAAAGAAAUUGAAGAUUUAAAAAAUAAGAUUGAUAAAAAAGAUGAGAAGAUUAAUGAGAUAAGUAAUAAUAUCAAAGAAAUUUUUAAUAUAGUUAAAGAUUUACUUCCUACAUUAUUACGUGAGAUAGUUAAAGAGAUAGAAAAAAAUAAUCAUGAAACAGUUGAUAUCAAUAAUCAAAUAAAAG